AAAAAAAAACAAAGUUACUGCUUGUAGCGAAAAAAUAUUUUGAAUUUACAGCUCAAACUUUGAUUUUAAAAUGGAUCCAAAAGAUGUAUGUGUUGAAAUAGAAAACGACGAGUUUUACAGUAAGUUCCUAGUGGAUUCUGUUAAGCCGAUAAUCGGUGAAAAUAUUUCAGUAAGCGAUCAAGUUAGUAAACUAGCUCUAGGCAUCGAAAAACUAACAAAAAGCUUGGAGAAGCAAGUUUUAGAUAAACACAAUGAUCUCUUGACACAAGCUAGCCACAUAUCAGAUCUAGAAGCAAUGCUAGAAUCUGUUAGAAGUCAAGUAAAAAAUUUGUUACGAGGUGCCGAAAAACUGAAAGAUCGUGUUCAUGGGCCUUACGCCACGCUUGUAAAGCAAACUAUGAUGCUGGAGAGAGUACAAAUUGUAUGCAAUUUACUUCGCCAUGCAUCCAAAAUAUUAAUAUUAUGGAAUAAACUAUGUUCUGUCAAGGAUAACCCACCCAAAGAGGCAAUUAUACUGUUCGAGCUAGACGAGUUAAUUAGCGAUUACAAUUUUGAAGGUAUAACACUGUUAGAUGAAGUAUUAAAGCAAGUAGAUCAUAGGAAGAAAGAUUUGCUAAACAAUGCAACAGAAUUACUACAAUCAAGCUUGUUAACUGGUGAUAAGACAAAGUUAUUACAAUGUUUUAAAGUAUUCCACAAUUUACAAUGCACUGAACAACAGAUUAAAAACACAGUCGAUAGUAUGCUCAGUGACUUAAAGAAGGAGAUAAACAAGGCUCUUAAUAUUCAAAUGGUCUCUAUUGAAGUAAAAAAGUCAAGUUCUGGACGCAUGGCACCCGGCAAAGCAAAUAUUAUGAAUGCACAUGACUUCAAAAUAAAACUAUGGGAUAAUAUAGAGAAACUAUUUAACAUUGACAUUUAUAACAGCUGCACCAAGGUCAUUAUGCUGCAAAAUGUUGUUAAUGAACUCCAUGCUAUUGGAAACUUCCGGAAUAUAUUGAAAAACUUCUGGAAAGAAUUGUCAACAAUAUUCAGCACCGAGCUAGAGAAGAGUCCGUCUAAUGUCAACCAAUCGGUGGAUAUUGAUUUUCCUAAAAUCCUAAAAUGUUUCAAUGAUCUUAUUAUUCGUCUAAAAUGCAAGGAUUUAGAAAUGAAUCGAUCUAGUCUUGGCCGAUGGGAGAAUGCUUUUCUAUCAAAAUCUUUAGGCAAAUUACUAGAUCCUGUGAGAACUAUGUGGCAUUUAAACCAAGUACCAAGUAUGGACCAGAUUGAUAAUGCUAUAAGGGUUAUUGCGGAGGCUCUAAGUGUAUCACUCAGUGACAAACAGCUGAGUAUUAGCUUAGCAAAUAGUGUUGCUAAGAGCAUCAAGCAGAUGAACAUGGAAGCUGAACAAAGAAUGUCUAUGGACAGUGAUGUUGCUCAGAUCAUAGAGCCACCAACAAGCUCGCAGCAGAAGAAUGCUGACUUAUGCAACUCAUUAUAUUAUUUCUCAUCUCAAAUUAAACGAGUUCUUGUUAAUAUGAACUCGAUGUUGCCACAGGAGAGUGUACAAAUAGUCCAGAAUAGCCUUAAAGAUAUAUCAAGCACACCAAUACUGCAAUUAUUUGCUGAAUCCAUUAAAAACUCUCUAUUUCUGAUAUUAAUGACAAUGCAUGAUGAGCCAGAUCUUACAAGAGCUGAUGAUCCAUAUAAAAAAACAUUAUCCUGUUCUCCAUACAUGAAGGAACUUCAACAAUUUGUAUCAAGAUGCAGAGAUAUCUAUCUGUCAAUGUUCCAAGAGAAAUCUGCUCUUAAUGAAUGUUGUAUAAACAUAUCGAAAGCAUGCGUUGAAAGGUUCAUUCAACAUGUAUGUAAUACCAGACCAUUGACGAAAUUCGGUCGAGUGAAACUACAAAUUGACUGCAAACAAUUAGAGACUGCAUUAUCACCAUUGGUGAACGAUAUAACUGAACUUGGUAAUCAUUAUAGACAAUUAAAAGCGUUACAAUUGCUUCUAGAAAAAUCACCGCAAGACAUCGCUAAGAGUCAGUGUGAAGGUGCAUUAUUACCUUAUUCUAUUGUUAUGAUGUUUUUAUUUUCUUUCGCGGGACCACAGCUAGUUGCUCCUCAUACUUGUGCGGGAUGGAAUAUUCAGAAGUUAAUGCAAUGGUUGGAUUCCCAUAGGAAUGAGAGGGAUAGAUUGGAGUUUGUUGCCGGUGCGUUGCAGAGAUAUCAGAACCAUGUCCGACAAAACCAAAUAGCUACAUAUGAUGAGGUAUACCCAGUGCUGUUACAACUUUUAGAAGACGGUAGAAAUAGUUUGAAGAAGUAAAAACUGCAUUAAACCAGAGAAGUGUUAAAAAUGUGUAGUGAAUUCUAUUGGUUUUUUUUCGUGGACUAAGUAAAGUGAUAUAUACUAA